CGCUAGAGAUUCCUUUGGAGGAGGGGCGUGGGAUGCAGUCCGCCGCCUCCAAGAAGCGUCCUGCUUCCCCAGACAUCCCGUCUUCGCAGCAGAAGUCUAAGAGGGCAUCGACUUCGUCACAGCGUAAACUCCGUACCCCCAGGGCAGCGCCGACCUCCAAGGGAAAAGCUAAGAAGCCAGCUAGAACGUUCUCAGCCGAGAUUCUUCCCGCCGCUGAACUGGGCCUGUAUGACGACCAGCCGAUCAGCAGAGAUCGCCAGGCAGCCUGAUGUCUCUACACUGAUGUCCGACGAUCAUUCUGAGGGGCCCGUCGCUAACAUCGCAGAGAGGGCAUCGACGACAUCGUCGCAGACCAUCCCAGACGACAUGAUGCAGAAGAUCAUGCAGAUGAUGGAGGACCGUUACAGACUGCAACCAGCCCAGAAGGACCUCCACGAAGGCACCAACGCAGACGACUGCCCAGAGGGACACUCCGUCAACGUAGCGGCCACGACCAAGCCACCUUCACGAAGGAAGUCACAGUCUACCUCCAGGAAGGACCCAGAUGAACAGCCUGCACGAAGGGUUAGAAGAUCAUCACCUUCCCCGGACUCGGAGGAUCAUCACUCUUAUAAAGAUUCCAGAAGGAAGACUACGUCGUCCUUGGACUCAGACUCGGACCCCCCGACUUCACGAAAGCCUUCGCGAAGGUCAAGCCGUCACUCCUCAGAACCGGACACAGUUAAGGCUUCACGAAGGGCUUCACGAAGGACUCCAGUAGCAGGUUCUAAAUCAUCUUCGUCCAGACGAUCAUCUGCAGAUUCCUCAAGGGCUUCGUGAAGCUAUCAGCGUUCACCUCACAGAUCUCAGCGAAAGUCUAGACGCAGCUCAUCAGGCCGAUCACCAAGAUCAUAUCGUUCGCCUCGCCGUUCACCUCGCCGAUCACCUCGCCGAUCACCUCAUCGAUCACCACAUCGAUCUCCACACAGAUCUCCACACAGGUCUUCACAGAGGUCCCAAGUCAGGUCUCCAUUAUCGUCUCCAUGUACAGUGAUAGAACCAUAUAUACCACCAUCACAAGAGUAUCAACCUCUUAUGGACGAUCCCAUUACAGAAGACGAUGGAGGCAUCAUCUUCUCAGACACUGAGAUACGAUACUGGAUGGUAAACAACCUAGACCUUUCUUCACCUUCCAAGAGUAACAACUCGGCGCAGAUUUAUUUGAUGAAGGAGGACGAUGCUGAUGCCAUCACCUUACCACCGAUCGACCCGAUUGCUGCAGUACCGAAGAAUUUGGACUCAGCCUUCCACAAAGCCACUAAAGUCCAAACAGCACAUUUACCACUGUUCCAUGCUAACAAGUUUUCAACCCACAACAUGGAACCGUUCCUCAAGGCACAAGACAUAGACGACAACUACAAGUUGAUCAAUGAUGUCAAGAACAAGAACUACAAGAUUGACGAUCGCAAGUUGGUUCAGUUAGAAACCAUGACUAGGCGAAUGUUCUUUGGCCUUAAUAGAUCUAGAACGAUCAAUGAGACUCUUAUCACCAGAUUUCGUGACACGACAUCUGAAGAUGAUAGAAUGAUUUACUUGGCCCUACUUAUGCAGAAGAAGGACCAGCAGUUCCUUACGGAUCAUCUCACAGCAGUCUCAGCAGCCUUAACCUUAGCCCGUCGUCAAGGCCUCCUCGCUUCCUGCAACUGGGGUGAGCAGUUUACAGCUCCACUCUAUACAGCCCCGUGGUCUGCUCCAUCCAUCUUCGAUGGAGGAAUAGAGAAAGUCUCCAAGGAAGUCACUAAGGAUUCUAGAGAAGUCCUUAUGAUUAAGUCAAUGGAUACGCUAGCCAGCGUC